GAAUGACGAUCCAUUAAAAUAAGAACGGUCACGUGACCAACGAAUAAAUAAUUACCGACACCUGUUCCGUAAUAUCAGAAAAAUACGAUCCUCAUCACUCUCUUUUCACACUUCGAUCACCAUCAAUCUCUGUGCAGUGCUUUCUGCCAUGAAAUCUUCACGAAGAACCCGAUUGUACUCUUCCUCUUCAUCCUACUCCGCCGACACCACCACCACCACCACCGUCACUUACGCCUUCGAAGAUAACAAUUUUAACGCUAAUCCCCAAACCACUUCCACCGAAACCCCUAUCACUUUUCACCUCUCUGAUCGUCAAUCCACCGCUGCUAUUAAGAUUCAAUCAGCUUACAGAUCUCAUGCAAUCCGCAACUUAAUCAACAAGGUAAGAGCCGUCGAUUCCCAAGCCGAUAAACUACAACGACUGAUCCAAAUGCAGGAUACAGUUGAUGCGGUGCGAAGCAACAAUCGGGAACGAAUCAAGAUCAAUGAGGCGUUGAUGAAGUUAUUAUUUACGCUUGAUUCGGUUCCUGGGAUUGACCCGACAGUGAGAGAAUUCAGGAGAAGUGUUAGUCGACGGAUCGUUGGGUUGCAAGAGAUCUUAGACUCUAUAUGUGAAGCAAGAGAGGCGAAUUGGGAUGGGUUUUUGAGGGAUUGGGACGACGUAAUUGUGGGGAUCGAACAAGAGAUUUGUAGAGAGAAAGGCGGAUCUGAUGUUCAUGAAUUUGAGAGAUUUUGCGCAGAGCAUCUAGGGUUUCAGUGCUUACAGAGAUUUCUUCGUCAAUGAGGCGCAGGUGAUGUUUAUUUUGAUUCAGUUUCUACAAAUUGAAUUAAAAUCUAUUUGGCACAUCAAUAUUUUAAACUUACAGAUGAAUUUACAUGUAUAAUGCCAUUAUCCAAUAGAAAUUGGAAGAACUUAGAAGAAAGUUUAUAUAACAUAGCUUAUAUCCUCAGACGAAGUUUUUGUGUAGUCAGAAGCUUUUUGAUUGCGACUUUUGGAUUUUGAGAAGUCCCAAAUUCUUGGGGUAUGUAAUAAAUCAUAUAGGAAUUAGGGUAGAUAUGAUAAAGAUAAAGACAAUGAUGUAAUUCAAUGUCCAAAACUUUAAAGACUUUCAUAAGUUCUGGUUUCUUGAACAAAAGGAAUUUUAUCAUAUAUUUGGAUG